AUGGACAUCAAGUUUUGCAAGACCAACCUCCUCAUUGAGCACAAGGAGUUGGAUGGGAGGUUCCAAUUCAAGUUCACACAUCCAUUGGCUGGACCCUCCAAGCUUCUCCUGCCUAACCCAGAGCUCACCACAGUUGUAGGGAGGAGCCUGAGCUCGAUCGAGCUGAGGAUCGAGCUGAGGAUCGAGCUGAAUAUCAGGUCCAGGAGCGCUGAUUUGGGUGAGCCUGAGUGCUACUACUUUGAGGAGUAUGAGGCUCCAAGGAUGAACCCCUCUGUUGUGGCUGCCCACAAGAGGAUUGGACUUCUCCAAAAGUUCAACAAAUGGCAAGGGAAAGCCAUGAGAAGAUGCAAAAGUCCAUGGACAAGAUGGUGA